AUGCGACAAGCUCUGCUGUUGGCGAUUGCCACCUCGUCGGCCAGUCUCUGCCCGCGCGACGAUGGAUCGCAGCUGGAAGAGCUCUUGCUCUCGGAACAGCGUGCGGGCAACAAAGUAGGCAUGUGCGGAGGAGCAGCGCGAAUCGUCAAGCCGUUUGCGUCGGAAAAGCGACGUGGUGCGAUUGCACUGAUCGAGGUCGAGGUGGAAGCUGCACGUGCCGCCAGGCUGAGCGCAGUGAUCAGCGAGCGUGGGGUGGUGGAACAGGUCAAGCAACUGGCUACGCUUGUGCUGGUCGGGGUGAGCAGCACGGAGCAUGCUAUGAGCUUGAUCGAAGGCGUGGGACUGCACAAGGGCCACAUGGUGGUCUACUCGGACGACUCUGCCGAGAUCCAGCAUGUGCUCCGGGAGCUGGAGCCUGCCAGUCUGUCGGUCAACCACGUUGCGCCCGAGAAUCUGUUUUCGAGCUACGCAAUCCGAGCGCGACCGGACAGUGCUGGUGUACUGCACCACCAUGGUAUCCAGGCGACGAGCGAGUGGCAAGGGCUGCGAUGGCCGCUCAAUGGGUUCCAGACCUCCAGUGUGGCCUACCUGGACGGGGUUCGCAGCACCAGUCUGGGUCUGUGCGGGGUAGCUGCCUCAACCGCUGGGUCGAACUCGGCCUUGUCGAGAGCGUCGGGGAACCAACGGGAGAGCACAGUGCGCAAGGCUCUGGCGCUGCACAUUGCCAAGACCAAGAGAAUGGUGCAGCGCUCGCGUCCCACAGUGGCAGUGCCCGUGCUUCGCGUCUUCUUCCUGCAAGGCCUGUUUCUGUUCUGGGCAAGCGCACUGACAUGUACGUUGGCUGGGGUGGGCCUUGGUGCUUUCAAGCUGUCACACUGGGCUUGGUUGCGAUACAUGAAUGCCCGCUCUGCCUGA